GUAACACUAAGGGGAAACAAAACACGCCGGUGACAGCUCGGGACAGUAUUAGAGACUCAUCAAGUGCAUCAAAUUCCAACAUUGUUUUUUAAUUAAAAACCGGCUUAAAAAAUGAAAGAUGUCCAGGGAUAUCUGGUUCUUCAGCAGAGCACGAGCGCAAGCCCUGAAAUGGCGGCACAGUGGCACGCGCUUGAAGAUUUGUACAACAGAAAAUUGUGGCAUCAGUUAACUUUGAACUUGACCGAGUUUGUGAAAGACCCUUAUUUUCAAGCUGGAGACACUCUCAUCCAGCUCUAUGAAAACUUUCUCAGUGAUUUCGAGCACAGAAUAAACCCUCUCUCUCUGGUGGAAAUUGUUCUCUUUGUUAUCAGACAAAUCACAGACCCAAAUGAUGCCAUUACCUUUCUUGAGAAAACCAAAGAAAAGGUGAAGUGCAGCGACGAGGCUGUAAUCUUGUGCAAAACGGCUAUUGGGUGUCUGAAAUUAGAGGUCAAUGACCUCGCUACGACAAAGAAACUGAUAGAGGAAGUGGAGGAGAUGCUGAAUAAUUUGCCUGGUGUAACAUCAGUUCACGGGCGUUUCUAUGAUUUAUCCAGCAAGUACUAUCGAUUUGUGGGAAACCACGCUCUGUACUACAAGGAUGCGCUGCGAUAUCUCGGCUGUAUAGACGUAAAAGAUUUAUCCGAGACGGAGAAACAGGAGAGAGCAUUUACGCUGGGGCUCGCGGGACUGCUCGGCGAGGGAGUGUAUAAUUUUGGAGAACUCUUGAUGCACCCAGUGUUGGAGUCUUUAAGAAACACAGACAAGCAGUGGCUUAUAGAAACGCUGUAUGCUUUCAACAGUGGCAACGUCAUCAAGUUCCAGGCUCUGAAGUCAGCCUGGGGUCAGCAGCCAGAUCUUGCAGCUCAUGAGGUCAAACUGAUGCAGAAGAUUCAGCUACUAUGCGUAAUGGAGAUGACUUUUGCACGGCCCACCAAUAACAGACAGCUCUCGUUCCAGGAAAUUGCACAGAGCGCCCAAAUCCCGGUGAACGAGGUGGAGCUGCUCGUGAUGAAAGCACUCUCAGUUGGAUUGAUAAAAGGCAGCAUCGAUGAAGUGGAUCAGACGGUUCAGAUGACAUGGGUUCAGCCAAGAGUGCUCGAUUUACACCAGAUUAAGAGCAUGAACGAACGGCUGGAGUCAUGGUGUAAAGACGUGAAGAACAUGGCGGUGUUAGUGGAGCAGCAAGCCCAGGACAUCCUCACUUAACACGACGCAUCGAUCCAACACAAAUCAUUCCACUAUUUAUUUUCUUUCCCUCUGUUUACACUAUAUGUUGUCAUUGAGGACUUUUAUUUCCACACUUAAUGUAAGCAUUUAUUUUCUAUUGUGGUCUGUGCUAUUUAAGCUUCAUGAGGUUUUUUUCCGUAGUGUUUUUUCUAGAUGCAUUCCAUUAAUAGAAUAUAAUAUGACCUAAAUAUCUAUGUAUUUACCAUUCCGGAAAAUGCACUCUCAAUCCAGAGAAAGAAAUAUUUAAUAUCUAAUAAAUAAAUGUAGAGAAAAUACA